AGACUGCCCUGUUAGCUCUGCAGUAAAACGCCGGCAGUGCGUCAAAGACUGUUAGUAAGUUAACGGACCUUAGGUGGUAGCUGGUUAUUCUCAGAUCCUUUCCGCUUUGGCGUUGGAUAAGUUGUCCUUUUAUUUUUAACAUCUAAAGAAACUAACAUGGCAGAAAAAAAUUGCAACAAUGGUGAUGGGGUUUGUAAGCGUUCAAGCGUCCUAAGCUGGGAGCAGAUCAGAAAUCUAAAUAAGGUUUUAACAGAAGUUGUUCCAGUCCAUGGACGUGGAAACUUCCCAACUCUGGAAAUCCAACUUAAGGACAUUAUUCGCAAGGUUCGGUGUAGGUUAGACGUCGAGGGCAUUAAAGUCAAAGAUGUCCGUCUGAAUGGGUCUGCAGCAAGUCAUGUUUUGGUAAAGGAUAAUGGUUUAAGUUACAAGGAUUUGGAUCUAAUAUUUGCAGUGGAACUUCCAAGUGAAGUAGAGUUCCAGCUUAUUAGAGACAUUGUUUUGGGUUCACUGUUGGACUUUCUUCCAGAAGGAGUCAAUAAGAAUAAACUUACCCCCAUGACUCUUAAAGAAGCUUAUGUUCAAAAGCUUGUUAAAGUCUCCACAGAAACUGACAGGUGGAGUUUGAUUUCCUUGUCCAAUAAAGAUGGAAGAAAUGUUGAACUGAAAUUUGUAGAUUCACUACGCCGUCAGUUUGAGUUUAGUGUUGACUCUUUUCAGAUUGUAUUGGACUCUAUGCUUUUGUAUUAUGAUUGUGCAGAAAACCCAAUGACUGAACACUUUCACCCUACUGUAGUUGGAGAAAGUGUGUAUGGUAACUUUCAGGAAGCCUUGUACCACCUUGAAAAUCACUUAAUUGCCACAAAGAAUCCAGAAGAGAUCCGAGGUGGUGGACUGCUUAAGUAUUGCAAUCUGUUAGUGCGGGACUUCAAACCAGCUGAUGAGGAAGUUAAAACAUUAGAACGGUAUAUGUGCUCAAGGUUUUUUAUAGACUUUCCUGAUAUUGUAGAUCAGCAAAGAAAGUUGGAAACUUACCUUCACAACCACUUCAGUAAAGAGGAAAAGAGCAAAUGUGAUUACCUUUUAAUCCUAUAUAGGGUAGUAAAUGAAAGUACUGUAUGUCUUAUGGGACAUGAACGAAGGCAGACUCUAAAUCUGAUAGCUUUCCUCGCUUUGCGUGAAAUGGGCCAGUUGCCUACUGUUCCUAACACUAGCGGCGUGACUUGCUACUACCAGCCAGCACCUCAUGUUAGUGAUAUGAACUUCAGUAAUUAUUACAUAGCAAAUAGUCCAGCAGCUUAUGAUCAUUCAUAUCAUACAUGGUUGUCUUGCAGCUAAUAAAUCAAUUCCUACUCUCAUUAAAGACUUUGUGAACUCUUUCCAGAACCCACAAGCAGCUGUCAGUUUGGAUUGCUAAAUAGCAUAUUGUCAGCAAUGUUGUGGCACUGUAAAUGCCACUUUUUAAGCAGUGCUGUAUAUGUUCAUAGUUAAGGCUGAUCUGCUUGAAAAGUGCCUCAAGAUGGUCCAUAAGCUCAUUUUAUAAUUGAACUGGAAAGGGUUUUCAGUAAUUUUAAGCUUCCCGUCUCUGUGGGAUAUGGGUAGUUGAUCACAUGGUGCAUGUUUUUCUUUUUGUAGUGCUCUCAAGUGUCCUUUUUGUGAAAGGAUUCUUAAACUUGCAACUUUUGUGGGGAUUCUUAAACUUUGAAAUGCAGUGAGGAUGGCCUAAUCUUUAAUUUCUAAAGUAUGCAUAGUGUCUGAAGAUUCCCAUUUUAUUUCCAUGUUUUUGGAUGCUGUGUAUAGCACAGUGGUUGAAGCUGAUAAUGUAGUGCAAGUUGUAUUAGGGCCUGGUGAGACUUAAUUUUGUUGAAAGCUUAACCUAAUCAGUGCACUUGUUGAUUCUUGGGUCCUGAAAUUCUGUUUUGAGUACUACCAAAAUUAGCAGUUAUCCAAACUGAUAAGGUUGCUAUCCAUCAAAAUGGUAGAAGCUGCGUCUACAACUUCGGUAAACCAGACACUUUAGUGCUGUACUAGAUAUGCAUUCCAUUUGAAAUUUUCCCUUUGUUCAGUAACUCCUUGUCUGGUUUACAAUUGCAGGGAAGUAAUGAUCUGGCCUAAGACUUAGAAUUGUAGGACUUUCUACAACAUUAACAUCAGUUUGGCUGUAUGAACAUUAAAUGCCCAAUGAAAUUGGGCAUGCCUGACUUCUUGUCAGGCAAACUCUGCAAUAACCCUUUAAGCAGUACUCUCCUCAGAAAUUGAGUUUGUACUGGAAUAUUUGUGUAUUAAAUACCUUGGGACAUGUUUGAGUUGGGCCUUACAGUGCUGCCUUUUGAUCGUAAGCUUAAAUGUUUCCAGAUAGUGUUCCAUUUGCCAUAUUCCUUCCUCUACAUUGCUAAGUGUGGUGGACUUUGGUUUGGAGAUUAAGCACUUAGUUGUGUGUCAAAUAAUAUUGAGAAAAUCCUCCUGUAAGGUAAAAUGCAUGAAUCAACAGGAUGCUGCUCCCAUCCUCUAAGGUGACUGUUUGCUCUACAGUCAUGUACCAGCAGCCCACUUUUGGGAAAGGUUAAAUAUCAGCAUCACUGAUGGUGACUAUAAGGAAUGUAAUGAAAUGCAGUUUAGUAUUGGUGGGGAAAUUGAGUAGCCAUAUAUAGGCUUUCAGCAAGAUAGCUGUUUGGCAGUUCUAAAAAAUGCAGAAAUACCAUUGACCUGCUAGCUUAAAACUAGUGAUCUUGGCAGAAAAGGUUUACUGUUAGUCUGACUGGUUUUAAAAUGAACAAAUAUUUGACUCAUUUUUGGAGGUAGAAGAGCAGAUGACAGAGCAGUUUUCCCUUUUACCCAGCAAAUGGUGAUUUGAGGAAACCAAUCAUUUAAGUUACUCUGCAAAAAUGCAAAUUCUGUUCAGUCUCUGUUUUAACAGCUUGAUUAUAACCAAUGCUUUUCAUUUUUGAUCCUAUACUGCCUUUCUGAAGGCAUGCCACAGGUGUUUUGAAUUCAUCAGUUUACAGUACUGAAAGCCCCCAAAAUUACUAGCAAGUGUCCAGAAUUUCAGGCUAAACUGAAACUUGACUGGACUGCUCACCUUUAAGGUGAAAGGUAGGACGUGGCAGCAUACUGAUAGCAAAAAGUCGUUGACUAGGACCAUGGCUCACCCAUUUGCCCCAUUUACUGUACAGAAAGCGUCUGUUCUUACAUACUGAUACCAAUAUGCAAAAGUGGUUACAAUGAAACUGCUACAGACUUUGGUUAGGCAAAUGUGAUCGUAACAUAAGUUGCUAUAGUAUUCUCGUACUUGGCCAUAAAGCUUCUGUAAAGGUUUUUCUACUUUGUAGGAAAACUUGUAAUUCACUCAGUCGCAUUAACAUUACUAUGAUGAAAAUUCAUCUGGGGUGGACUGCUGUAGUUUAAUGCUACAUGAGUGCCAUUUUAACGUUUCCUUGAAAAUGACCAAGACACUUGACUGCAAAAUUUCCAUUAUAUUCUGGUAUGGGAGAUAAGUUACUUAGCAGCUGGAAUCUCAUGACAGAAUCAUACUGCAGCAGGAGGGUUGCAUAACUGCUAUAGUUAUGUGCCUAAGUUUUGCUUUCUCUCAUUUGUAAGGCAUAGGCCAGUGCCUUUAAUGUUAACCAGUAUGACUGAAGUCUGGUUUAAAAUAUAGCACCAGGAUACGUGUUGCAUGCAGUGAGCACUUACCAUGAACACAGAUUACUUCCUAUUAAAGCUUUCUUUUGACUUUUGUAGCCAGAUGCAUCUUAAGUGCUGUAUGACUGCUUUAUCCUCUUAAGAUCUAGGCACUUCACCGCCUCUUCAUUAAAAGCAAUAAGAACUUUCAAUAGGUGGGGUAAAAAGCAAGGUUCAGGAAAACCUACUCUAACAAGUGAAAGCAGAAGGAAAACUGCAACUGAGUCCAAACCACAUUAUACAAUUUAUUGAAAAGUCACAGGAAAGAUUUGGUGCUUUCAUAAAGCUUGUAACAAACUUCAUCAGAAUCUGAAGUUUGUGUUAGAAGCUUUAUGAAAGUGCUAAAUCUUUCCUGUGAUUUGUCCAAAAUCCACACUAAAUUCAUUGAAAAAGUUCAGGAAAACUUGCAUUUCUUUCACAAGGCCACGUUGUACUGAUUUUGGGUGUAAGUUAAGGUGAAUGCUCUUCAGUCGUAUUGUAUCAAGAUUCAUGUAAUCUAAAAUCCCUGCCAUUGUAUUGCUUUUGAGAUUCCACUUGUGAUGAGUUAUGCUAAUCAUUUGUGGCAGAGAUUCUUAUCCCAUCAGGGUGGUCCUGUCUUGAGCAGUAGACAAGAGCUUAUUUUUACUCUGUUCCUUUUGAAUUUGUAGUAUGAAGGGUUAAGGUUUUAGUCGUAUGGAUUUUACAGUUGGAUGCUGCACAUUUGAAAUCAGUCCAAUGGAUCAUUGCAUUAAUUCCCUUUUGAAUAGGGAAGAAUAUUGGUUGAUGUGCAUUUGCCAUGGGCAUCUGUUAAUUGGCCCAUGCCUCCCACAUAUUUCAGUAGUAUAUGAAGUUAUGUAACAAGAGUUGGCACUUAAAUCAUGUGGUUCUGUUGUAAUUCCAUUAUGUAGAUUCUUUUUGUUACAAAGGGCUUCACUUUUGUUUAGAAUGCAGUCUAGAAUAAAAUGGUACCCUUCAACUGUCAAGGAAUUAUGCUGUGUUUUUGCCAAUAGUAAUGGGAGUCCUGUUCAAAACAUUGUCUGCUGCCCUUCCUGUUUUGAAAGUACAAAAUCCAGAUCUGACUUUGUAAGACUGCCAUGGGUGUUAUUUUGAACUAAAAGUACAGGUGUGCAAAAACAUAAAAAUAAAAAAAACUGGACACUGAAUUUUCCCUGUCACCAGGUUUCCUUGUUUGCAUAGAUUGUGUGCAGUUCAGAAGCGAAAGUUUCUUUACUGGCUAAAAUAGAAUUGCUGAAAUUCUGUAUGCCUGGUAGCUGUGCUGGAGAAAGGAAGGUAUUGGCACAAAGUUGGCACCCAUGUAUAUUCAUACUGUCCCAGGUAUCUUGAGUGCAAAAGACAAUUUAUCUAGUCUGCAUGGAAAUAUAAACUGGUACCAUCUUUUUUGCAAUUUCUAUAUAAAAUGUUUGUUUUUGGAUAAUUGACUAAUGUUCUAGACCUGGUUCCUAUGUUUGCACAUAAAAUGCUGAUUAGCCCAACUUUAUUGAUGGCAAAAGAUGAUUUUACUUUAAUGCAAUAAUAAAACAAAAUGAAGUAUUUAAAAGCAGCCUUAGUGAAGUGUUAACUGUUGUAAUACAAAUUCUUGAAAGGUACUUGUGAUAGCAGAUAUGAACUAAAUGUAGGGAGGUACAUGGCACUUAUGUUUUUUUUUCCUUUCAUAUGGAAGGUGGAUGGUAUCCAAUAUUGAUCAGCAGUUCUGCAUUUUAUUCAGCGCAGUACACUUUUCUAAAAAGCCUGCUGUAUUGCUACUAGAACAAAUUGUAAUGUGUCUGGUAUUCAUUUUACAGCAUCGGUUUUUGUUUACAGCUUUGUAUCUUGGUAGUUUCUGUGGGAACUUGAUACACAAGUUUUGAGCAACCAAGGGUUACUUUGCUGUGCAAGAGGACACCAAACGAUCAUAGGAAAUUUUCUGUGCUUAUCUUUUUGUUAUGGUGUUUUGUUUAAAAAAAAAACUGUUUUACAGAUGUGUUUUGUUUUGCAAUUUGUGUUUGGACAGCUGUGUAGAAUUAAACUGUGCUGUGGCAUAGUCUAAAAAAUGCUCCUUUUGUAUUGGACCACCAGAAUGUGGUUUUGAUAGAAAUGGAAAGAUUUGAGUUUUUUCUUGUAACACUGCUGAUUGUGUACUGAAAGCUUUUUUAUGUGGCACUUGUGUUCAUUUGAAGAAUUGAAUUAUUUUACCAUUCUGCAGCAUUUAGUUUUCACUGUGGUCUUGGAAAAGGGGUCAAAUUAUAUUUGAAAAUAAAAAGUUGCAUGAAGAGGCCAGGAAAUGCGACUUGAACUUUACCUGAAACAAAUAAAGAUUUAUUUUUGAA